GGGUGGAAGUGAUAGUAAAUGAAGUCAAAAGAGGUUGUGAGUGGGGGGGGAAUGGUCGACAACUGUGUGAUGGCGGGGAUUGUYGUCCURGGUGGUGAGGUGACCAUGGUGGAGGUGGUGGUGGAUGAAGGCAGGGGUAUGGAUCACGUACUGGCGGAGAGGACGGUGAAUGUGGAGGCGGAGGAUGGAGGAAGGGUGGUGGCACCCGAGGUGGGCGGGGGGGACUUGGUGGUGACGAUCUGGAUGGCAGGKGUUCGAUUUUCGAUGGCGGUCACGCGAGCGGAGAUGGUGGAGACGGAUGUUUGGAUGUCGUCGAUGGAUGAGUGGACGGAUGUCACUAUUCAAAGGAUGGUCGCAAGAUCGAUGGUGGCAUCGGGUGCAAGUGUUUGCUCGCCCGUGGUGGUGGAUGAAGCCAGGGGUAUGGAUCACGUUCUAGCGAAGAGGGCGGUGGAUGUGGAGGCGGAGGAUUGAGGAAGGGGGGUGACACCCGAGGUGGGGGGGGGGGGCUUGGUGGUGACGAUCUGGAUGGCGGGGGUUUGAUUUCCGAUGACGGUCACGC